AUGUCCGAUGCGCGGGCUGAUAACGGUUGUAAGACAUCUCUGCAGUAUUGCACUGAUUUGCAAAGUCUCAUCGAUAUAACUUUGGACUACGUGCUUACUCCACUGAGGAAAGAGCUCAAAAAAUCAAAUGACUAUUUAGAUAUCCUCACUUUGGAAAUUCAGGACGGAGAGAACAAAACGUUCGAGUACAUCGCACAACAAAUUUCGGAAAUUUGCAAUGCUGAAGAGGACGUGGCUGAUUCUAUUUUGCUAAACUAUCCGAGUUCAAUUUCAUGCUUUCGCUGUCUGAGCAUUGACGAGGAUACGAUUAAUGGUCUUCUCUACUUGCGCGACAUAACAUUUUUGAAGCUUUUGGAUAUGCCUGAGAAUGAGGUGGUGGAUAUUUUAAAAGAUUAUAGUGUUUCUCAAGAGGACACUGAUCGAAUAUUAAUGGGUUUAUCAAAAAUACGCAGCAAUAUUGAUUUAUUAGAGAGCGAUCAACCCUUUGAAGAUGACACUCGGAAUUUAAUAAAGCAGGUUAUCAAGUUGACUGAGAGAAGUGAACCUUCCCCGGAGUUUGAGAGGCCAGAUGGUUCCGUACUUCUUCAUUGUGAUCCACUUUCUAGCCCUCCUCUCUACGUGACUGGACCUCAGGACUUCGAGGAGGGUUCCUGUUCCACAUCAACUCAUGACUCUAAUAGUGCAUUUGGGAAUCGAUGUACCCUGCGUUCAGGUCGUUUUAGCUCUGACCACACUAGCGAAAUUGAGCACUUUAAUGAGGUACUUUCUCCUCCCAUUCCUUCCCUUCGUUCUGGUGGGGAAAGUCAUCCCUCUUCAUGUUUUUCAAUAAAUCCUCCUAACUUACAAUUUUCCUUUAAUCAUCCUGCCUACGUCAUGGAUCUUACUACGCAAACUCUAAAUAGGAAUUCUCGACGUGCAAAAACACCGGUUCCCUUUCAACGUUUCUAUCGAGCUCUUUCCCCAGGAACACACCGGACUAAUUCAACAAAUAUUAUCAAGUCAAGCAUUUUUGACGGCGGACUCUCCGUUCCUUCUACACCUGCUCCCCGAGUAUUCGGAACUCCCGUUCAUCAAAAAUCUCCUUCGAGAGGUGCCUUGAUGUCGGCGUCUUACACAAGCACUAAUGAAAGCCCUCCACAGCCACCCCAUUCACCUUGCUCCUUCUUCCAACGCAACACGACAUUUCGAGAAAGGGGUCUAAAAAUGCCCACUACGCCCCCCUCCAAACAUCGAAUUAAGUUCACGUUCCCUCUUCAUCGCAGUAAAUCCCACGAGUCGAAUCUGGCUUGUAGGGUCUAUCCUCCACUCGCGAUGACGGUGGCUACUGGUCUUGCCAAUGGUCUUCUGAAGGGCGGUCACGUGACACCAAAGAGCAUAGCGAAAGUGACCAAUCUUCACGCCACACCAGAAUCCCAUUCUCCUACCGCCAAUGACUCCAACAUUUUCUGCUUUCCUACUCCGACUCACUUGGGGGUAGUCGCUCCCGUUUCACCGAAAUGCACUUCUCGAUCGGAACGUCAGCCGAACCUCAUCCACCAUAGCAGUAAUUGCCGGCACCUUGACGGUGGCCGCCUAACUGUCCCUUUCAACGCCAACGGAUCUGCGAGUCUCCUUCCUUUACCAGGACACGCGCAUCGGUUUGAAAGCGAGGCGAAGUUCACCGACUUCGUUCGCCGUACACCCUGCACCGUGUGCAAUGGUAGGCUGACGCUGCGCUUUCUCCAUUGCAUUUAUUGCAACUUGAAGACCCACAAGAACUGUGCUGCUAUUGCUUCAAAAAUGCCUUGCCCAGGCGCUGCACGACCUAACGACUCAACAGAUGCUUGUCGUGAGUUGUGCCUUGUUAAAUUGUUUACACAUUGA